CGUUCGUCGUAUGAAAAAAUAUUGGAAUGUCUGUGGAAAAGAAAGAUAAAGAGAGCAAGAAAGUGAUUGAAAGAGUGAUUUCUAAACGCAAUCAUCUUUUCAGAAACGAAGUAGCCGCUGAUAAUAUUCGCAAAGAAGUGAAUUUCCUCGAAAGUGUAUCGAGACGUUUAUGGUCGCAAAAGUACGGGCAUUUAACUGGACAAUUUUUCAACGAGGUGUUGGCGGAAGAAUGCAGAAAUGCGGGACUUCCGGUGAAUACCUUCGAGCGUGACGCGCCGGAAGACGCGAUCGAACGUUCACCGAUUCCUUUGAAAGCUUCGCCGCCCUUCCCGAGAACGACAUCCGCCGAGAUCGGUCACCGUUCAUCUCGCAAAGAAAACAGCCUGGAAUUCGCGGGUCGUUUAUUCAUCUCGCCAAAAUGGACGAUCGAGCCCCCCACAGAUACCGUCGAAUCGCGCGUGACGCAACAAAGAUUUAUUUUUCUAGGCUGA